AUGCAUAUCCGAUUUGUCUCUAUUACUUUGGCAGCCGUACUAGCAUUGUCCUCUGUGUCUGUUCAAGCAGCACCCACACCGGUUCAUCAAGGUCUUCAAGUCCUAGGCAAAGCUGUUGAUAGUUAUGAACGCUCGUUCGUUACCUUUGAGAAAAGACAUCAUGGUGGCAAAGAUGGCGAGGAUGCUCAUGAUGAAGAUGAUGAAGAGGAAGCCGAUGAAGACGAAAAAGAGGCUGACGAAGAAGAAGAAGAAGAAGAUGAACGUCAUCGACAUCAUGCACGUAGCGAUCAAUCAUUAGCACUUACUAAUGGCGAAGGCGAUCAAAGUAAAGUCAACGGCGUUCAACCUAAAGCAAGAGAUGUAGUCAAACGACAUGGACACGGCGAAAAUGAAGCUGAUGAAGAUGAGCCUGAAGAAAAUGAGAAUGAGCCUGAUGAGGAUGAGCCUGAUGAAGACGAGAACGAGCCUGAUGAAGAUGAGCCUGAUGAAGACGAAAACGAACCUGAUGAAGAGGAACCUGACGAAGAUGAGGAUGAACGCCGCCAUCACCGUCAUGGUCAUCACAGUAUAUAA